CGAAAAGGCCUCUCUACCUUUGAUACUGAAGCGUCAGGCUAUUUUCCUCAGGAGCAAAGCACCUUCUGAACAGCAGCUAAGAUGACGCUUGCCAAGUCAACCCUCGCUUUCCUUGUCAUCGCAGUCGUCAUCACGGAAACUGUCUUCGCUCAGCCGGUCCAAGUUGCGGACAGCCCGCUGGUGGUCGCGGAUGAAGCAGAAGCUUCCGCGCUGUCAGCCGACGAGUUGUCUGUACACGAAUUUUCGUCAGACGAAUUACCAGCACUUCGGCAGUUCCUGGAUGAAACAGUAGUGGACGACCAAAAAGAUUUCGGAGUGCAAGAAAACCGGAGAUGGCGCUUGUUGUGCGUACGUAAUCCGAGCGGAGGACUGACGUGCUGGGUUGUCCCCGCUUAAAUGAACUGAACUCGCGGGGCUGAGAAGAAAACCUGAUGACGCUCCAAGCAGUGAAGCGUGUGUACGCAAUGGAUUGUUCCAUCAAUAAAAUAACAAAUAAAAAUUGUGAACAUAACGUGCAAUAAUAUAA